CAAACAAUCGCCCACACUUUGUUACAUUUCGUGCUUUCGUCCAGGCCACUAUAACCAGUGCUCCACUAUUCUAACUUAUAGACCUCCAAUUAUUGUUCGCAUGAAUCCACCAGACAAACAGAACCCGUGGUCGUUCAACCACCGUACUCGAGCGCAUGAUGCAUUUGACUCUGACCCUGAAUCAGAGGUCGAAACUAACUCUAAAGUUAAAGUUAAUCUUCCCUCCGACGACACUAGACUCAUUCAAGAGCUCGAUAUCUCCUCACGACACGAGACUGUGGAAUACAAGCCCAACCCGUGGAGUAUUGCACGUAUUAAUGCUGCUAGUCGUCCACCGAAUAAGGAACCCCCCGGCAAAGCGAUCUCAGAGGAUACACGGCGGAAAUCACAACCACAGGCGCCACAGGGUCGAAUCGUGGAUGCCUUCAAAGUACAGGCAGAGCGCAAGCUGUCUCGCGCACCCCCUCUUUUGAAGGCACCUAAGGUUACAAAGCCCAAGUCGAAUACGCCCCGGGUUUCUCGAGAAGACCAAGUUUGUUCACAAAUCCAGGGAAUGAGUAGCGCUGAACCAUGGGAUUACCUGCAACACGAUAAUGCACCGUUUCUCGCCAGGGGGUCCCAAACCGGAUCUUCGGACACGCUGGCUAUCUUGUCGUCCAACGCUUCCCAGCGUGAUCUCCAUGAUUCCAGACUUCAGCCUCAUCCAGGCGUUCAGACGCUAUCUUGCACCCCAGAUAGAAAGCACGGCAACAUUCAAAUGAGUCAUGAAGUUCUCUUGCAACAAAGCGUGGCGCAUAUAUCCACCCCCGACAUGAGUCUGAUGCCGCAAUCACAAUAUAAUGUGCCAUUCAUGUCUAUGUCGUCCCCGCUUACCAGCCGCGACUAUCCAGCGAAUGGUUCACACCUUCGACCAGGAGGUUACCAAUCUUCCCCUCCAAGGCCUUUUCAUAGAAAUAUCGAUAUCAAUACUCCUCCGAGAUCAUUUCCGUGUAAUCAACCCUCUUCGCAUUUUCGUCAUGGAAUACGUCUUACUAGUAAUCGUGAGUACCUUGGUGCGCUUGCGUAGUAUAUGAUCCACGUUUUCUGCACUCCGCAGAGCGUUUUCAAGCGUUGUCUGUAUCGCGCGUUCCCCAAGUUCCGGCGGUGGGGUCCUACCGCACAGUACCACCUG